GCCAUUCGAUUUCGAAAAUAAAAGUGGGGUGGUUUUCACUUUACAGCUUUCAUUCAGUCCACCAUGUCCUUCAACACGACGGCGGCCCCGUCGUCGUUUGCUUCUGUCUACGCCGACAUCGACCUCCAGUCUCUGAACUGGUUUGAACAACAAUGGGCCGCCUGGUAUGUUUGGAUAGGGAACCCAAUCAUUGCAACUGGAUUGAUGAGCUUUUUGUUGCAUGAGAUUGUUUAUUUUGGCCGUUGUAUACCCUGGAUUAUUAUCGAUGCGAUACCUUACUUCCGCCAGUGGAAGCUUCAGCCCAAUAAGGUUCCGACUGCUUUGGACCAAUGGGAAUGCACCAAGAUGGUUUUGUUUUCACAUUUUACUAUCGAACUGCCGACGAUCUGGCUAUUCCACCCGUUGGCCGAGUCCAUUGGAAUGUCGACCUACCAGGUUCCUUUCCCGUCUUGGAAGACCAUAGCGCCUCAAGUUAUGUUUUUCUUCUGGUUCGAGGAUCUCUUCCACUGGUGUGCCCACCGCGCGCUUCACUAUGGUCCCCUCUAUAAGUACAUUCACAAAAUCCACCACAAGUACUCUGCGCCAUUCGGUCUAGCCGCUGAAUAUGCCCACCCUGCUGAAGUCCUUAUCCUCGGUACCGGCACACUUGCAGGACCUCUGCUUUAUUGCUUCUUCACCCAGAACUUCCACAUCUUGACCAUGUACAUCUGGAUCACCCUCCGUCUUUUCCAAGCAGUCGACGCCCACAGUGGUUAUGACUUCCCAUGGUCGCUCCAACACAUUCUCCCAUUCUGGUCUGGUGCCGAGCAUCACGACUUCCAUCAUAUGUCGUUUACCAACAACUUCUCGACCUCGUUCCGCUGGUGGGACAGGCUCUUCGGCACGGAUACCAACUAUUUGAGACACUGUGAACGUGUUCGGGCUGCCCAUGCGGCGAACAAGAAUGCCACACGGGAGGAGCGUCUCGAGAUCGAGCGCAAGCUGAUGGAAGAGGUCGAGGCUGAAGGUCUCGCCGCCGAAGCUGAGGUCGAGCGGAGCGUAAAAUCAAAAGCAGAGUAGGAAUACGACAUUAAUUAGAUCCCUUGUUAUACCAUAUGCUUAAUAUGUUUUGCUUGGACUGCACACGGCCAAGUAAUGACAGAAAUCAUUUCGAGAC